AAAAUAUCAAAGCAUUAAUGUCUCAAGAUCUUUUCCCUAAUGAACCAAAUCUUAAUACUGCUAAUGAGGUUGAAUAAUAUAUAAAAACACUUUUGCAAUAUCAAGAUUCAUGUGAGAAAUCUGCAGAAUAUAUGCAGGCAGAUGCUGCUCAAAAAAGAAUAGUGGAGUUGAAAAAAUAAUUGGUAUAAAGAAGGAGAAAAGAAAUGCAAUAGGCCCAUAAUUAAUAAGAGUAAGAAAUUGAAAGAGCUCAUCUUGAAGAAUAUAAUUAAUUCAAUCAAUUCUGGGAUGAGAAGAUGUAAAAAUUUAAUGAUGAAGCUUCAGCUGUAGAAUCAGAAUUAUUAAACAAAUAAUAAAAUGAAUUUAAUAAAGUCUCUGAGGAAUUAGAAAGAACUAUUCCUUCAAGGCCAAAAGAAUCUUCUGAUGUUCUCAAUCUCAAAAAAAGAGAAGAAUAUUUAGCUAAACAAAAGAAGUAUACAUUUAUUUAAUUUUUUGUUAUGUUGAGGCAUAGAAAAUCAAAGAAUAGAGAGUCUAAAUAGAAGAAGUUGACUAUUAGAAAUACUAAAUAGAAAGGACUUAUAAAAUAAACACUUAGUUGAA